AUGGAUGUUACUUUUCAGUCGUUUUCGGAUCAUUCUUACUCGGCCGGCGGCUAUUGCGGGCUGUCGGAGCUAUUGGACGACAAAAGCAGCUCGCUAGGGUUUGUGGAGCUCCUCGGCGGGAACGACGUGGGGCCCUCUGUUUUUGAUGUCUUUGGAGAUGAGCCGUUGAUUUGCUUUCCUGAUGAUCCGAAGAUGGAGGUUCGUGGGCCGGUGGAGGAGGGGUUUAAUGCGCCGGCCACACCGAAUACUUCCUCUAUUUCGUCGGAGUACUCCGGGAAUGAUCACGAGCGGACCAAAGAAGAUGAAGACGAAGAUGAUGAAGAAGAAGAAAAAGACCAAGCAGAAGAGGAAAAUCAAAAGACUAAGAAGAUGUUGAAAGCAAAGAAAACGAGUCAUAAGAGGCAGAGAGAGCCAAGAUUUGCUUUCAUGACAAAGAGCGAGGUUGAUCAUUUGGAAGAUGGUUAUAGGUGGAGAAAAUACGGCCAAAAGGCUGUCAAAAACAGCCCUUUUCCAAGGAGCUAUUAUAGAUGUACAGAUUCAUCCUGCAAUGUGAAGAAAAGGGUGGAGAGAAAUUCAAACGAUCCAAGCAUUGUAGUGACUACGUACGAAGGCCAACACACCCACCCGAGCCCACAUGUGCCCCGGCCCAUCCACGCACCGCAGCCCUAUUCGGGCUUCUCAUCCGACGAUACGGCCCAUUUGCCCGCUCUAGCUCACAAUCAGCAAUAUCUAAUCAACAACUACUCAUCCGCUAUCUUCAACUCAUUCGGCUACAACGUUUGCUCUAAGCCGCCAAUGUCUUCUGCUUUGCCGACCGUGGACCAUGGGCUUCUUCAAGAUGUCGUGCCGUGGUCCGCUAUUAAGAAGGAAGAGCAGUGA